GCCAGUAUGGCGGCAAAUAACGAAAGUGCAGACGAAAAACUGGCAAGAGAGCUUCAGCGCCAGUUUGAUGAAGAGGCGCAUGGAGAAGAGGCCAGUUACAGACUGGCUGUGUCUUUGGCAGGCCGCCAUGAUAUUUCUGAUUCAGACUCUGACAUUACCAUAGAACCAGAGAACACAUCACCAUCUUCUCCAGACCUGUUUCAAACAGAUUUAUCGUAUGAAAAUCAGAGCAGUCAUAACAACAGCACUGCAGGUAUUAAUAGAUCUACAACCGUACAUGAUAUAUCUGACAGCAGUUAUUCUGGAGAAGAGGCUGAGAGGAGUUGUACAGCAUCAUCGAGUGGUGGAGAACUUAAAACCAAUAGAUCUCUUCAUGACAUCUCUGCCAGUGAUUCGGACACAGAACCCUCAACAUCUCUAAAGGAUCAGAGGUCACAGUCCAGUUUGUCGCUCAAGAGAAAAUCAGGUGCUGAGGAAUCCCUAGAUUCUAACAUUUCUCAAAAGAGAAGAAAAACUGAUUUAGACAGAGACUCUGUAGGCUCAGAAGAGGAUGUUGCUACUCAACCAUUGGCAGGGGAUGAUGAGGAGAAUAGUAAACCAUUGUGUAAAUAUGGUUCCAAAUGUUACAGAAAGAACCCUUCCCAUAGGGCAGAAUUCAGACAUACAGAAGACCACAGACCAUCGUCUGCUGAAGACAAAUCCUCAAAGCAAUCUUUCAAAUCCAGCGGCAGUCACAGAAGGACAUUCUCUGAGGUUUAUGAAGAGGCACAACCUGUCAGCCUGUUCCUCACUAAAGUGUCUGGUAUACCAGCUCUUCACAAUGGAUCAUUUGCAGUUCACAUCAAAGAUAUCCUGUCCAGUAGUAUGGGUAAUUUGAUGGCCUCUGCUCAGUUCAACUAUAUGUUUGACAUCCCUUGGUUAGUUCAGCAGUACCCAAAGGAAUUCAGGUCUAAGCCGAUGUUGUUGAUCCAUGGGGAGGAUAGGCAGGCUAAGAGUGCGCUGCAUGCAGAGGCAGAGCCAUUCCCUAACAUCAGACUUUGCCAGGCCAAAUUAGAGAUUAUGUAUGGGACCCAUCAUACGAAGAUGAUGUUUCUCCUGUAUGACAGUGGCCUGAGGGUGGUUAUACAUACUUGUAACCUUAUAGAGAAUGACUGGUAUCAGAAGACACAAGGUGUGUGGAUCAGCCCAGUCUUUCCUAAACUGAAGCGUCCUCCACCAGAUGGCGCUGUAGAAGGUGACUCAGUGACCCAUUUUAAGCGUGACUUACUUGCGUACCUGUCAGCAUACAAGUCCCAUCUUUUGUCAACCUGGAUCAACCACAUUAAGGAGCAUGACAUGGCAGCUGCCAGGGUGCACAUUGUUGGGUCAGUACCAGGACGACACCUUGGUGAGAAGAAGGAUGCCUGGGGUCAUCUGAGACUCAGAAAGCUUCUGCAGCAGAGUGUGCAUGGUGACAGUGUGAGGAAAUGGCCUGUGAUUGGUCAGUUUUCCAGCAUAGGGUCGCUGGGAGCAGACAAGAGUAAUUGGCUCUGUGGGGAGUGGUUACAGAGCCUGGGGGCCUGCAGACAGCUAUCUUCCUCACUCAGCUCCCCACCACCUCUACACCUGAUAUUCCCCAGCAAGGACAAUGUGAGACUAAGUUUGGAGGGUUACCCUGGAGGUGGAUGUCUGCCCUACAGCAUUAAUGUUGCCAAAAAACAAACUUACCUUCACACCUUCUUUCACCAGUGGAAAUCUGAUGGACGUGGGCGCUCCAGAGCAUGUCCUCACAUCAAGACCUACCUGAGAGCCUCACCUAAUUGGUCAGAAGCUGCUUGGUUCCUCGUUACCAGUGCAAACUUAUCUAAGGCAGCUUGGGGUGCUACAGAGAAGAAGGGAAGCCAGCUGAUGAUUCGCUCAUAUGAACUUGGUGUCCUCUUCAUACCCAAACAUUUUACAAACCGAGACACCUUUACUAUGAGCUCAUCACUACAGACAUUGCAGGGAGCAAAUGAACCCCUGCUUCCCCUGCCCUAUGACCUCCCACCAACACCCUACGGUAACAAUGAAAGACCAUGGAUGUGGGAUGUUCCUUGCACGGAUCUGCCCGACUCUCAUGGCAAUAUUUGGUGUCCCCCAAGAUGAUACAGGUUGUGGUAUGAUUAUGAAGAGAAUAUUAACAUGAAGAUGUUCCUGACUCUCUUGGUAAUAUCUGGUGUCUGCUCAGAUACGAUUCUCAGGAGAAAGUUGAGCAUUGCCUGACUCUCUUGGCAAUAUCUUGUGCCCCCCAAGAUAACACCAGCUCAGAUACCAUUAUGAGGAGAAAGUUGACAUGUGGAACAUUGCCUGACUCUCUUGGCAGUAUCUUGUGCCCCCCAAGAUGACACCAGAUCAGAUACGAUUAUGAGGAGAAAGUUGACAUGUAAAUGUGGAACAUUGCCUGACUCUCUUGGCAAUAUCUGGUGUCCACCAAGAUAACACCAAAUCAGAUACGGGUAUGAAGAGAAAGUUGACAUGUGGAUGUUGGGCAUUGCCUUACUCUCUUGGCAACAUCUGGUGUCCCCCAAGAUAACACCAAAUCAGAUAUGGGUAUGAAGAGAAAGUUGACAUGUGGAUGUUGGGCAUUGCCUUACUCUCUUUGCAGUAUCUGGUGUCCCCCAAGAUAACACCAGCUUAGAUACGAUUAGGAAGAGAAAGUUAAUGUGUUUCUCAGGGUGAGACCAGUUUCCACACUGCUGGGAAGAAUGUGUGGAACAUACCAUAUCAUACCGCACUAGCCUGCUGCGUGUUUAAAUUCAGUUCCUGAUAUCAACAUCCAAGACAUAUAUAAAUAUAUAAAAUACAUACAUGACAAGUAUCCUAACUGGAAACAAUGCAGACAAAAUGUUGAGGGACUGGAUUUGAACUUCCACCCUUGCUGGCCAGGCUCAUUCAUAAAGUAACUACUUUAGUACAGUAGUACAGUAUGAUAAAAUAAACUUAUUGCUAAGAUUCACACUGGUGCUACAAUACAUGAUUCAUAAUUAGUCAUGUCCAAGCCCUGGAUAUAUAUUGAAAUUUCAUCAUGUUGUGCAGACUUUGUGUUCCCCUUUUACAUGAAAAUACCUCCAUUAAGGGAAGACAAAGUCAAUAAAGCCAUAGUGGACAUAAACAUUUUCUGAGAACAUUCGCAACAGGCAUUUGAAGUGGUCACUGUUACAUGUUUUGAUUAGAUGGUAUAAAAUGAGUUGCAAGUCAUCAGUACACAAAAGACAAGUAAACAUUUUAAUAUUUUAUUUUAAAGAAUACAUAAAAAUUCAUGUAAUACUCAUAAAAACUUGAACUAAGAUGUACAAAGAGCUAUGACCAAUUUUUGCUUUACAUUGCGAAUUUGGUCGAUACUUGUAUAAAUGUACUGAAAUUCAAUGAGAACAUUAUUUUUAAGAAAAAUUUUUUUACCUAUGUUCUUACGCAGAAUUGGUAUCUGUACAAAUUAGGCCGUAUUAAAGGAGUUAGAGGGGGUGAGAAAUUGUGUAAUUUUAAGAUAAUUGUUGGGUAUAUAAUUCUCCUAUGCUGUGCCUUUGUAGAAUAUGAUAUUAUUAAAGAUGGCCGUCUGUUAAUCCCAGGUGGAAUAUACAGACAUGUUGAGAGAAAAAAGAUAAAGCUGGUGCGGUAUGUGAUGUAUAAUAUCAUGGUCAACACAAGACGCUACUGAAGAAAACUUUGAAAAAUGUCUUCAUUACAUGAAGAUGAAAUAACAAAGACUUUAUAUUGUGAGCACUUCUGCACAAUGCUCUUAGUCAGUACCAACCUAAUUAUAAAGUACAGAAUGCUCUUCAAGGAAGUUUCAAGGGAAGGUUGUUUUGAACUGUGUGCUACAGGUUUUUUAUUUAUUUAUGAGGCCUUUCACUAAUUGACAUGUAAAUUAAAAUGGAAUGUACUUGGGAAGGGAUGUAUAAUAAUUCUUCAGUUUGUUUUUUAAUUCUAGAGCAUAUAUUGACUUAAGACAUAGUUUCAACGUAUCUUAUGGUCGUGAGACUGUGAGGAAUGGAAGCAGUGUCAUAUUACAUGAAAUAUUCUAAGAACAAUUAUGGUACAAUAAAAAGGGUAUAUGUAUAGCUUAUGUAGAAUGGAGAUUCUAUAUUUCCCGCCCAGGACUGAACGAUACUUCAGCUGCCCAUCUUCCUCACAGAACAGUCACGAACAGCGAUAGAAUUGUUUGUUACCUUGUAUACUACGAGUACAUC